CAUGCUGCCACUGGCGCUGCUGCUGCUGCUCCUCUGGAACUACUUCUCCUCGAGCAGGGAAACAGCUGAGAUGUCGGUGGAGGCCAUGUUUGAAUGGGAAGAUGAAGAAGAGGACAAGGAGGAAAAGGACUCAGAGCCCAGGGGCUUCAUGGAUAAACUGUACGCCAUCCAGGACGUGUUCAUCAGCGUACAGAGCACCCUGGACGAGGUGGCAUCGUACGGAGAGAGGAUAAAGAAGUGGGUG